UACCUUGUAGCAUCAUUUGCUACACAAUGGCCUACUUGGCCCAGCUCAGUCUGCUUGUAGGCUUGUGUCUACUUUCUGGAACCAAAAGCUUAAAAGUAGAACUGGAAAACAAUGGAUACAAAAAUCUUGUUAUUGCAAUUAAUCCCAAGGUUCCAGAGAACACCAACAUUAUCACAAGAAUUGAGGAUAUGGUACAAGAAGCCUCUAAAUACUUGUUCACAGCAAGUCAGAAGAGAUUUUAUUUCAAAGAUGUAAAAAUCCUAAUUCCAGUCACCUGGGCAACAAACCCUAUAUAUGGCAGACCACAGACUGAAUCAUAUUCAGAGGCCAAUGUAAUCAUUGCUGCCCCUUACGUGAAGUAUGGCAAUGACCCCUAUACUCUACAAUAUGGAGGGUGUGGUGAGGAGGGGAGAUACAUUCAUCUGACACCAGACUUUUUGACUGAUGAUGCAUUUCUCCCUAUCUAUGGACCAAGAGAAAGAGUGCUUGUUCAUGAAUGGGCCCACCUCCGUUGGGGAGUGUAUGACGAGUACAAUGAGGACAAACCAUUCUACUUUGCUCCCGAUAAAAGCUUUGAGUACACAAGGUGCUCUGUAGAUAUAACUGGAGUCGUGGCGGAAUGCAAAGAUCCUCAGUGUUCUGGAAUCAAACCCUGUGAAGUAGACCAAGCUACGGGAUCACCAACUGAAAAGUGCCAGUUUUUUCCUGACAAAAAACAGAGGACUACAUCCUCAAUUAUGUUUUUCCAGGGACUUAAUGCAAUCAUUGAGUUUUGUAACUCAAAGUCCCACAAUGAAGAGGCUCCCAAUAUGCAAAAUAAGAUGUGCAAGUCUAAGAGUGUUUGGGAGGUGAUUGAACAGUCCAAAGACUUCAAGGCCAGUAAGCCCAUGAGUGACAGUGUUCCUCCACGGACUACGUUUACUUACCUUCAAGGGGGAAAUCGAAUUGUCUGUCUCGUUCUGGAUGUAUCUUCCAGCAUGAGUGCUUCGCAAAGAAAGGACAGGCUCCGUCAGGCAGCAGAGCUUUUUAUUCUCCAGAUCAUUGAAACGGGUUCCCAGCUUGGAAUUGUGCAGUUUAAUUCUGCAGCGAGUACUCUCCGAGAAUUAACUACUAUUACAGAUUAUGCGUCUCGAACUGCACUUACCAAAUAUCUACCCAAUCUUGCAAGUGGUGGAACAAGCAUCUGUUCUGGAAUCAGGAAAGCAUUUGAAGUGUUCAGAAAACUAAACUCACAGAUAAAUGGUAAUGAGAUAGUAUUGCUGACUGAUGGAGAAGAUGGUACAGUUGGUUCAUGUGUGAAUGAAGUUCAAACAAGUGGCACAAUCAUCCACACAAUAGCCCUCGGACCAAGUGCAGCUAAAGAACUUGAAACAAUGUCCAACAUCACAGGAGGCUUACAGUUUUCAGCCACUGAUAGUCUUGACUCCAAUGGACUCAUAGAUGCAUUUGCUGGAAUUUCUGCAAGAGAUGGGAAUACGUCUAAUCAGGCUCUUCAGCUUGAAAGUGCUGGAAAGAACAUUCCAGGCAAUAGCUGGCUAAAUGGAACUGUGUCCAUCGACAGAACAGUUGGGAACGAUACCUUUUUUGUGGUGACGUGGCAGGCAGCUAAGCCUACUAUUUCAGUAUUCAGCCCAACUGGAAUUGACUACAGUGGUAGUUUUGUAGAAGAUACAGCAUUAAAAGUGUCUCGUUUGAAAAUCCCUGGGACAGCAGAGGCAGGAAACUGGCACUAUCACAUUCUCAAUAUAAAUUCUGCUGCUCAGACACUGACUAUGACGGUGACAUCUCGUCCAGCAAGUGUAAAUGACCCUCCAGUGACUGUUAACGCUCAUAUGAAUGCAGACAGUGCUGAUGCAAAAACUCCAAUUAAAGUGUAUGCUGAAGUGAGCAAAGGAUAUUUACCAGUCCUGCGGGCGACAGUCACAGCUUUUAUCGAAAGUAAUACAAAUAAUCAAGAGCUUCGGCUGUUGGAUAAUGGUGCAGGUGCAGAUGCCAUCAAGAAUGAUGGUGUCUAUUCUGGCUACUUUAUUAAUUUCAGUGGCAAUGGUAGAUACAGCCUAAAAGUAAAAGUUCAAGGAGGAGAAAAAGUGACAAGACUGUCUGACCGAAAGGGGACUCGUGCCUAUUACAAUCCUGGAUACUAUGUAGAUGGUAAAAUUGAAAAGAACCCAGACAAACCCUCAGUACCUGAAGAAGACCUUCAGACUAAUUUAGGAAACUUCACCAGGACCACUAUUGGAGGCGUCUUUGUGGUGACAGGUUCACCGCCUGGCUCACAGCCUCCUGUCUUUCCACCCUGCCAAAUAACAGACCUGGAUGCGAAUAUUAAAGAUGAAAAGGUUUUUCUCAGAUGGACAGCACCUGGAGAAAUCAUGGACCAAGGCACAGCUGCAAAGUAUGAAAUACGAAUGAGUACAACUUACCAAGACCUGAAAGAUCAGUUUGACAAUGCCACAGUUGUAAAUACAUCUAAUCUUGUGCCUCUAGAAGCAGGCAACAUGGAAUUGUUUUCUUUUAAACCAGAAGACAUUACUAUAGAAAAUGGAACAAUCAUUUAUUUUGCUGCAAGGGCCGGUAGCAAGUCUUCUGAUAUGGCAGAGGUUUCCAACAUCGCCCAAGCACAAAUGGUGCUCCCUUACAUCCCUGCAGUGCCUGACCCUAACCCUAACCCUAACCCUGGUACUCCCGAUAAGCCAGGUAGUGUGAAUAUUACAACUCUCGUUUUAGCUAUAACAUGCUCUAUUGCUGGCAUCUGCAUUAUUGCAAGCAUUAGCAUGUGUAUUGUAAAGAAGAAUCAAAGAGCAAGAACAGCUCCAGCCGUAUGAGCACAUAAACUGGUGUGAGGGACAAGUAACUUAAUUAUAUGUGAUUUAAAAUAUAAAAAAUGGCAUCAUAAUAUCUUUGAAUUGAUUUUUUUACAAUAUGCAACAUGUUAUUUUUCUAAUUUGUUUCAGAAGAUUUAAAGCUGUUUGAAAUUAAAUGAAUAUAAACUACCACAGUA